AUGCUUCUCUUCCGGCGGUCUUCGUUCUUCGCAUUAACACUUGGGCUCUUAACAAUCGUUCUAUUAAUACACAAACUCGACCUAAACCCCUUUGGGAGCCGUUACUAUGGCCAGAAAGGUCUGUUAUACAACCCCACGGUCUUCAAGCCGGGGGUUCUCAAGCCGACGGGAGAGAAUUAUACUCGAAUCCUCGUGAUGGGACGACUAGCGACGGAGGAUAUUUCAUGGGUGGGCCGAGAAUUACCUGACCUCCCGACCAAGAUCUACACGGUGGAUGAUAUCCCGAGUAGAAAUGCUUCAUCUGUGGGGGAUGACAGCGCCAUCCCGGCCAACAAAGGACACGAGGCAAUGGUGUACCUGACCUACAUCAUCGACCACUACGCAUCAUUACCCGAUGUCGUCCUCUUCUUCCAUCCGCACCAACACGCCUGGCACAACAACAUCCUCCUGGACAUCGACACGGCCAAAACCAUCAAACUCAUGAGUUCGGCGCACGUCGUGCGGCAGGGCUACUUCAAUUCACGCUGCCACCUGGAUCCGGGAUGCCCGAACUGGCUCCACGUGGACCGGCCCCAAUGGCGGUGGGACCUGAAGCACAAACCGGAGGAGCCGAAGCUGACCUCACAGCUCUUCCAUGAGCUGCACGGCGCCGACGUCGCCAUCCCCGCCGCCAUCUCCCAGCCCUGCUGUGCACAGUUUGCCGUGUCGCGGGACCGCAUCACCCAACGUCCCCGCGACUUCUACGUGCACUACCGCGACUGGAUCCUGCAGACCGACCUGGACGAUAAAGACUCGGGCCGCCUGCUGGAAUACAGCUGGCAGUACAUCUUCACGGGCAACUUCGAGUUCUGCCCGAACAUGCACCGGUGCUACUGUGACGGGUAUGGCAUCUGCUUCGAGGGCGACGGCGGCCUGGACGAGUGGCUGCGCGUGCUCAAGCAGCGUGAGAGGGUCGACGAGAAGCGCCUUGCCGCUUGGGACAAAGCCGGCAGUGAUUCCCCAAAGUACAAGCAGCUACUCGGCCAGAGCAACCUCUACACUGAGCAGCUCGACUGGAUGAGGGAACAGGCUCUGCGGCGUGGCGCAGAUCCCAAAAUCAGGGCCCAAGAGUGCGGCAGGCAGUGGAAGGACGGUGAUGGCUAUUGA